AUGUCAAGUUCCUCAUCUUCACAUUCUUCAAGAUUAUCUUCACCACGAAUUCAAUCACCACUCCGUUACAAUAAACCGAGUAAUUCAUUUGUUGAAAAAAUCAAGGAGUUUCUUCACUCAAAUCAUUAUAUUUUUUUCACAUUAGUAAUUUCUCUGGCUCCAUUAUUCAAACUUGCGACUCUAAAAGUUACGAUAUAUUGUCCAAUAUCUCAUUCAUCUUCAGUUUGUGUUCAAUGUCCAAAGCAUGCAAUUUGCAAUUUUGUCGAGUUUGAAUGCAUCGAAAAUUACACUAAGUUUAAUAAAAUAUGUAUUCCUUCAGAAGAAGCAUAUUAUUAUAAUGAAUUAUAUAACGAUAUUUUUAAUUCUUUCACUACCGAUAAUAAUAUUGUUCUUCAACAGCUUGAAAAGGAAAAGUUAAUCAAAAUUAUUGAAUCAAACAAACGAUAUUCUGUUGAUGAUAAUGGAGAUAUUCAUAUGAUACUUAUUCCAAGUCUUAUUUACACCAUAAUAUCAUCUAUAUGCUUGUUUUCAUUACUGCAAUGCAUCAGAUUUAUUUUCUGA